GCGCAGAUAUUACAAAACAAUCGUCAAAAUUUUACAUCUUACAACAACAAAAAUUGUAGUUCCUCAAUUACUUUACCAAGAUGAAUAUCGUGAACUUUUUGUGAAUCAUUUGGUCUCAUAAAUUAGAGGUUAUAAAACACCUCUGCAUGUUACCGGAAGUUUUGACGAAUUAGUUAUGGUCGGGCCGAAAAUAAAUAAAGAAGAGACGUGGUUUAUAGAAACAUUAUCAAACCCUAAAAUCACAUUGUGGUACCUUGCAUCUAGUGUCAGCCUUUCAUCUCUACAAUAGCUGUAUUGUGCCACGUCUUCCGUCACACACACAUAGCUGCCCAACCUCCAACCAUAUGUCCGCGGGCACCAAGCAUUUGUGGUCUUGACCUUGGAUGCAAUUCGUCUCAGCAUAAACACAGGAAUUCUUGACACCUAAUUAAAUGACUUCGAAAAUCAGUCAGCAACGAGUCACCGUCGAGAGAGGGAGAGCAACAGUUAACGCGAUGAGUACAGCAAUUGUUUUCAAUGACAGCUCAAUAGACGCGCAUCAGGAAUUUAAAAAGUCUAGCAGGAGCGAGCUCUCGUACGCACGUCUGGAAGGAGAUGACGCCCGGAAACUGGACCGGAUGUUCAACAGGCAAAUGUGCCUUAUCGAGGUGAACCCGGGACGUUUGUUGUUGCCACCGAAGUACGAGGAGCUGGGAGACCGUAUCCGGGCAAUGGAGGUUCGCACCAGCGACGUGUGGGUCAUCUCGUACCCCAGAACAGGUAGCACGUGGGUUCAGGAAAUGGUGUGGUGCAUUGGAAAUGACCUGGAUUUUGAGAAAGCAAAGACUCUUCAGCAGUUCAGGACUCCACUACUAGAGCUGACAGCGCUGAUGGCUCACGAUGACGGGGAGUGGAUGGACGAACUUGGGAACUCCGUAGAUCUAGUAGAAAGCAUGCAGUCACCUAGAUUCAUCAAAAGCCACCUAAUCUGGGAGUUGCUUCCGGUUGAAAUUGACACAGUAAAGCCAAAGGUGGUGUAUAUAGCAAGGAAUCCUAAGGACAUGUGCGUGUCCUAUUAUCAUUACUGCAAAUUGGUUCAUAAUAUGAAGGGUUCAUUUGAAGACUUCUGUGAGCUGUUCCUGAAGGGUCGAGUACCACUU